CUGCUGCAAGGUAGCUCAGAAAGAGGCCCCUGUCGAUUGUUCCUCUGUUGCUCCUCGUCCCUCUUUUGGCGGGGUGGGGUGGGGGUGUCAUCAAGACCUUAAGCUAUCUGGUUGGGAGCAAGAGGCUUUCCCUCUUGGGUUUUUUUGGGUGCGAUCCUUGCGAUGCCCGGUUCUUAUCGGGGUGGAAAGCGACGAGGCCUCGGCGCAUCGGCACCCGUGAGAGCGAACCGCGGCUCCUUCUCCUCCGGUGCUCAAGCGCCCACUUUCCCCCCCGCGCUCCAGCAGCACGCUAUGAGCAGAGGUGUCCUUCAAGGCAGAGGUUCAGAUCGGGCGCUUCCCAGACCGCACGGCACCUUCCACUCGGCGUACAUCAACGGCCCUGUCUCCCCACAGGCGGGAGCUCUCAGCCAUUUCCAGCAGCAACAGAUCCUCUUCCUAAAGGGGCAGUUUCAGGAAACGCCCCUGUUGUCACUGCAGACACAGAGAGCCCAGGCAUAUCCGGGCUACCGCCCAGCUUCGACCCCCUGCAGCCCGCCCACCCCCCCGAGCUUCUCCUAUAGCUGCCAGGGUGCAGCCAGGAGGCCUACGUAUCACCCCCGGCAGGAGCAGGCCCCGCUUUCCCAACCUCACUGUGACAGCGUCGGCUGCGAGGGACGGGGAGGGUACAGUCAAUGGCUAUGUGGUGAUAAUGCUUUGGUCUCUCUGCUGAGGCCGCUGGUGGUUGUCAGGUGGAGAAACGUCCCAUUCCUGGGAGACUGGAGCGCUCGUCUCUAUUCCUCCGAGACCAUACUUGGCAGCAAUCUGGACAGGGAGAUGGAAGAAACUGGGGAGUCAGGGGGCGGUCUGGAGCAGACAGCGGGUCUCUUUCCUCACACCCUUGCCUUGCGGUUUUACUGGUCAUAUCAUGAACCGGUGGCACUCCAGGGCGCAGUGGGAAAGAGGGGGAACGCUACGGCCCUCUUUCAAAAUGCCCCACGCGGCCGUGAGACCCCCGUGGAAGCGACCGUCCGGCCUUUGGCGGAUGCAUACUAA